CCGAGGAAGCCUCCGCCGCCAGUCUGAGGCAGGUGCCCGACAUGGCGAGUGCUGUGCUGCCGAGCGGAUCCCAGCGUGCGGCGGCGGCGGCGGCGCCUCCCGGGCUCCGACUCCGGCUUCUGCUGUUGCUCCUCUCCGCCGCGGCACUGAUCCCCGCAGGUGAUGGACAGAAUCUGUUCACAAAGGACGUGACAGUGAUCGAAGGAGAAGUGGCGACCAUCAGCUGCCAAGUCAACAAGAGCGACGACUCUGUGAUCCAGCUGCUGAACCCCAACAGGCAGACCAUUUACUUCAGGGACUUCAGGCCUUUGAAGGACAGCAGGUUUCAGUUGCUGAAUUUCUCUAGCAGUGAACUCAAAGUGUCGUUGACAAACGUGUCCAUUUCUGAUGAAGGAAGAUACUUUUGCCAGCUCUACACUGACCCCCCGCAGGAAAGCUACACCACCAUCACCGUGCUGGUCCCACCACGUAACCUGAUGAUUGAUAUCCAGAAAGACACUGCGGUGGAAGGCGAGGAGAUCGAAGUCAACUGCACUGCCAUGGCCAGCAAACCGGCCACCACCAUCAGGUGGUUCAAAGGGGACGAGGAGCUGAAAGGCAAGUCCGAGGUGGAGGAGUGGUCGGACAUGUACACUGUGACCAGCCAGCUGGUGCUGAAGGUGCACAAGCAGGACGACGGGGUCCCGGUGGUCUGCCAGGUGGAGCACCCUGCGGUCACCGGGAACCUGCAGACCCAGCGGUACCUGGAAGUUCAGUAUAAGCCUCAAGUGCAUAUUCAGAUGACUUACCCUCUACAAGGCCUAACCCGGGAAGGGGACGCGCUUGAGUUAACAUGCGAAGCCAUCGGGAAGCCCCAGCCUGUGAUGGUAACUUGGAUGAGAGUCGAUGAUGAAAUGCCUCAACACGCCGUGCUGUCCGGGCCCAACUUGUUCAUCAACAACCUAAACAAAACAGAUAAUGGUACCUACCGCUGCGAGGCCUCAAAUGUGGUGGGCAAAGCACAUUCGGACUACAUGCUGUAUGUAUACGAUCCCCCCACAACUCUCCCUCCUCCCACAACAACCACCACCACCACCACCACCACCACCACCACCAUCCUUACCAUCACCGCAGACACAACGGCGACGACAGAACCGGCAGUUCACGGCCUUACUCAGUUGCCCAAUUCCGCAGAAGAACUGGACAGUGAGGACCUCUCAGACUCCCGGGCAGGCGAGGAGGGCUCCAUCAGGGCGGUGGACCACGCGGUGAUCGGCGGCGUCGUGGCCGUCGUGGUGUUCGCCAUGCUGUGCUUGCUCAUCAUCCUGGGGCGCUAUUUUGCCAGACAUAAAGGCCUGUUUUCUCUAACCUCCUCUCCCAGAAUAAAGUGAUGGGGGCAGCUAUAGUGCUGCAAUUAGGAGCAUGAAUCUUUUAUCGUUUGGACAAGGAAGGGGAAACGCCAUUGCUGUCGACUGAAACGUCCUCCGCUUGAGCUCUCUGCUCUCCUUCCCUGCCAACGCCCAUUGCUGCCGCUGCUGAGAGUGUGACAUUCACAGCUGUUCGUGAUGGCUUGAUUCUUAACACCGCCAGAAAAACAGCCCAGGAGAUGCUUAAGACAGUGUACGGGAAAUAACAGAUUUCCCUGCGAAGACACCAGUGCAUCAGGAAAGGUCUUGAGCCAUGCCCCACCCAGCCAAGAGCACCAACUUUCUCCCUUUCUGGCUUCAGUUACAGUAAAAGGCUAUUGCUUCAAAAAAUGCAAUUCGGGCCCUGCUGGACCCUGCGUCUCCCAGGCUGGCUCCUCCCGGCACCCGCAAGUCCCUGGCUGCGGCGGCUGCUGCCUUGCCACUCGACCCCAGCAGCCGUGAGCUCUGACAAGCAGCGGUGCCCGCAGAAGUGGAAGGAAGAGGAUGCUGCCGAGUGGGGAGGAACCCCCAGGAGAGCCAGCCCGCAACUGCUGAGACGAGGACCACCAGCCCAGGGGCCCCAGACCCAGAGGGGGCUGCGCCGGAGGCCACCACCGUCCUAGCCCAGACGUGGGGCCCUUCCCCGCCCCACGUGGCUGUCAGGACUGCUGAGAAGUGGUACGGGCGGCUCACAGCCCAGCCCUUAGUUAGCAGCCCCUGGGGGUGAAUCGCCCUUGGGCAGGUUAAGAGGGCGUGGAGGCUCAGUCACCAAGGUUCGCAGGGCGGCAGGAUGGCCAACAGUGGCGCACACGGACGCAGCCCUCAGGCGGUCUCUGCAGAUGCACGUCCAAAGCCCUGCGGCCCUUUGCCCCAGCGUGCCUUCCAGUGUGCUGGGCAGGACCGGCAGCCGGGCCACAGCCCUCGUGCUUCCGCUCUAGCCACAGCCACACACUCCCCCACUGUUUUCAUUCUCAGCUUCCCCUAAAUGGAACCCAUUAAUCAUACUAAACUGCAAUGAUUCCGUGAUAGGGAGAGUGCUGACGGCAAAAAUCAUUCUCCUUUGUUGUGCCAGGCAGGCAAAAGGCAGUAGCGGUAGCUCGCCGCCCUGCCUGGCCCCUUGCAAACGCUGGCCGUGUGUUCUCCCACACGGCUGCCUCUGUGCGCACAGCUUAUUAGCACGGGUCGGAGGCGUUCCAACUGUUGGCGAUUUGGGGCUCCCGGUCUCCUCUUCCUUACCCCAAGGGCUGCUAGUAAUUGUGGCUGUGGCCCUCCCUGAGAUCUUUCCCAUCUCAAGGGCCCCAGGUCAGGGGAAGGGUUGCCGUGGGACUCAUGGGAAACCUGAGGUGGUCUCAGCUGGGGUGAGCUGGUGGGGUGAGCUGGCCCCCCCAAAUGCCUCUGCCAGCCAGAUUUCAGAAGAAGCCAGGUGUGGGUAACAAGGAGGCUUUUUGCCUUUCAGAAAUUGAUGUGUGCUUCACUUUCGACAGGCCCCUUUGUAAGCCACCCCUUCUGAAUUAGAAUCAUUUUCCAAAAGCUCUUAAGCUGUGAUUAAUGCCAGGGCUGUUUUUAACAAUCAUCCUGCCAGUCUUAAGCUGAAGUCGUUUUCAAUGAUGAGGAGGCUCAGAGGCGAGCCAGGAGUCUGUUGACGACAAACCCAGGCGAGCCCAGCCAGGCGGCCACAGAAGCCGGAAGGGCGAAGGGGACACUCGGGCUCUGCUGGCUUCCUGCUCCCGGACUCUCACCACUCAGAGUCUCAUCGAACGCUCACAACGAAUCAAGGGUCCAGCCAUGAACAUGGCUCGUCCAGCCUGGCUUUUGUGUGAACAAAUGAGCGGCGUGCUCGGAGGGCUUCUGGUUUAUUCAUGGACGUGUGUGGUUCAUUCAUGCCGUCCCCAAACCAGAGAGCCCUCGUUUGUCUUCCCUUUGCCAGCUUCAAAGACGGGCAAAGAAAGGCAGUUGCCAGCAGCACAGAGGGCCCUGGCCACCUCCCCAACCACGGGAAUCAAACCAGCCCUGAUCUUUCAGGCUGGGCAACUUCACGCUGCGGUGUCCCUCUGGAAGCCCUGACCGAAGCGAUGGCCUGGAAAGUCCAUGAUCACAGAUUUGCUUAGCGUCAGCCUCAAAUGGCAUUUAUUUCUAGUUCAUCACUUCCUCCAGUAGGAAAGGGUCAGUGCUGGGUGACAGGCGUUGAACCCAGUGAAUUUGCUGCAGUUGAUAGAUGCCUGGGUCCCCAUCCAAGCCCACGACCACCCCAGCUGUUGUGCAGGACAUGUUGCCACAGCCAGGAAGAAGACAGACUUCUGGGUAGGCUGGCAACUUUCAUUAGCAAACUGCAGCAAACUCCCUUCAACCAUGAAUCACAGUGGGAGCCCCAGUCCUGCAUCCAGCACAGCCUGGGCAGCACCUGCCACGUCCCGCUAGGUCCCUAGAUGUCAAGCCCCUUUCUUCUGAGACCGAAUGAACAGAUUUCUAGGGUUAGGCCUCUGGGUUGUGUUUCUGUCUUGGCCGGGAGUGCCCAGAAAGCAGCUCAUUAUUCGCCAGCAACUCCCCACUUCCCUACUCUCCCUGCCUCCUAAGGGGUUUCCCGGCAGCUCCGCAUUGUCACACUGCCCCAUCACGUCAUCCCCUCCAGCACGGCCCCUGCCCAGGAUCCCGAGGCUCUGGGGAGAUGGAGGGCCCACACACCUGCUCCUCCCGGUUCACAGCAUCAUUGGUCACUCCAGCUGGAGCCCUGGGAGUCCUUCCAGCCGCUUCCUUGUCCUGAGCGCUGCCCCCAAACGCCUCUCCAGCUUGACCCAACUCAUCCUUUCCAUGCCCCCUGCCUAGUCCAGGCCCUUUCCCUUCAACCACAGGAAAGUAACAGCCUCUUCUCGGGUUUCCCCAGCCUCUGCUCUGGGCCCCAUCACUAAACUGACAUCAGCUGGGUCCUUGCACACUUGGAAACCACUCUUGGUUGACUUCUUUGGCUGCAGAGCCCAGGCAAACCCCCUUCUCCCCACCCCGCCCCCCGCAAGUCUGCUAUGACUCCAAUCGGCCAUCCAUUCUCACCCUGUGACUCCCCCACCCGCCCAAAUUCAAGUCCAUUUCACUACUGCUCACACCUCUGUGCCUUUGAACUGGGGGGUGCCCUUCUCAACUCCCGGUUCCUCCUCAGCCUCCCCAACCUCCCACCUUACCUGAUCUGUGUCUUUAUCACAUGUUUGAAUGGUUUGUUUACCUUUCUGUCUCCCUCCAUGAAGCAGUGAAUUCCCUGAGCAGAGACCGUCUCUGAUCAGCCCCGUGUCUCCAAAGCCCAGCAUGGCAUCUGGCCCUGGGCUCAAUAAGUUAUUUGAAUAAUAAGGGAGAGGGUUGGUUUUUUUUUUCCAUCUGUGGUUGGCUUGGUCUUCAUCAUCCGUCUCUUCCCUGGAAAUGUGCUAGUGAGGCCUGCUUUCCUCUUUGUAACCAGCAACCCUCCAGUGCCUGGAACUCUGUCCUGCUUUGUUAGGUUUCUGCCUCGGUUUGGUGUUGAUUCCUGGUCCACAUGGUUUUUUCCCCACCUCUCCCUCCUUCCAUCUCUGUGGGCUGUUUUACCCAGGAAGGACGGCAUUCAGGAUGCCUAGGUUCUCUGAACGUUUCAAGGGCCUGUGAACACACUUGAGGCCUGGAAAGAAAUUAACAGGGGCUUCCAGAUCCACAGAAGAAAAUCGUAAAAUCAAAGCUACUCGCUGUUUAAUUAAAUAUCUACGAAACCAUCACAUUGUCAACCAGCAAACUGCAACCAAACCGAGCUGGUAAAUGUCCCUUAUAAACUGUGCUCGGCGUGGGACUGUAACGCAUCUGAAUCUGAUAAGAGUUUGGGAGUCUCACUGAAGAGGGCCUCCAGCCCGCCCACACCCUAAAACAGUCCCCUCCCUCUCUUCUCGAUUUUCUUUCCUCUUUCCCCCACCCUCUCCUGCUCUGUCUCCCCUCCUCCUCUGAAUCUUGCACCCCGACCUUCUGGAGGGAGUCAGUCCGGCCUGCCAGGGGCAGAGGACUGUUGCAUGAGCCAUCAAGCCCUCCUGCAAGGCUGCCACUUUGCAAGAAUCUGAGCAAUACUCCCGAGCACUCAGGAUGGAGCGCCUCACAGAUGCACAGAACUCCCUAAACGCUCCUUAGUGACUGAUUCUCCUGGGUUCAGCCACGGUAGUCUGCAAGAGAUCUGACCUGCUUGCCCGGCUUCCCGUCUGUCCGGCUUUGGGGUUUUGCUUUGGUGUGUGUGGGAGCAGGGCAGGAUGGUAGUGAUGAGCUUCCACCCCAGGAGCCAGCAUUCAGGACUCGCGUUUCCAGCUGUGCCUCUGAUUCAGCCCGUGACCUUGGGCAGAUUGCUUCCUCCCGGGGCCCUGCUCUCCAUCUAUAAGAGCCUCAGUCCCAAAUUGUUUCCAGUUAUUUGUUUUGUUUGUGAAGUACUUUGACGUCUCAGAUGCAAGGCAAAGAGCAGAAAGACGGCUGUCGCUGCAGUGCUUUUACACCCCAAAUACCUGCGUUGCCAGCUUCUGAGCUGAAAAUUAAAACGCUGUAACAAUUGGCCACUAAUUCCGCUGUAGCUUUAUGGUGUCCUUGCCGUGCUGAGCUCAUCCAAUUUUGGCCUUUUUUCUUUAAAAAUAAAUA